AUGAAAUAUCAAGGUUCCAGGAGUUUUUUUGACACUAUUAAAAGACAAUGUGUAUCUAUUCCAAUAUGCAAUGGAAUAUCAAACAAGGAAAAUUCAUCAAACAUAGUGUAUGAUCCUUAUAGCAAUAAUUGCACAUCAUUAACCGAUACGAUAUCAAUAACCGAUAUUGAUUGUAUACUUAAUGAAACAGAAGACAAAAAAUGUAAAAAUAAAAAAACUAAUACCUUGUAUCAAUCUAACAUUCGAUGUCACCAUGGCAAGAUGGACGAGAUUAACAAGUCAUGUAACUGCGACGAUGGUUGGACCAGUACUCAAAAUUGGAAUUUUCCCAUUAUUUCUACAGUUCCUAUUCAUAUGUGUACUGUUCAAAUUCACACAGGAAACAUUGGCAAAAUUCUAAUUUUGAUAAAAAACCUUGAACCUAAAAAUAUCGUAUCCUUUAUACAACCCUUA